ACAUCACAAUGAAAUAAGGUAUCCCAAGCAAAAAAAAAAAAAAUUAACCUCCGAGAAUAAAAUAUAGGUUAAUAAAAUACACAUAAUUUUUGUUGUAUUGAUAUGUAUACAAGGAUGUCUUGUAUGUAUGUAUAUAUUAUUUGUGAAAGUCCACUUAGUAAAAAUAUAUCUGGGUCACAACUUUUACCGGAACUUAUAAAAAGGAACGGAGGAGAAAGGGGUGGGGCAACACGCUGGAAGAGACGCCGAGCGACGGUCCGAGGAGCUGGCAAGAUUAGCCCGGAGAGAACUGACUGCUGGACUAAAAGCGUGGCCAGAGCAAUUCAGAAAGGGGUCAAAAGUCUUCUGGAGGCAAGGUAGAGCCACACGGAGCGUUGACCGGACCCGAGGCGCUCGCGAUCCAGGCCUGACGAAGGGAACCGCCCGGGUACACAAACGCCGACCCGGUGAGACCCUUCCAAUUUUUUUUUUUCUUUCUUUCUUUCUUGUAUUUUUGGUGCACGAAGACGGAUUAAUAUUUUUGGGCCCCAGCGUUGUUUUUUUGUUGCGCAAACGGAACUUUAUUUUUUUUGGAUUGCCUAAUUAUGGACUUUUUUGAUGGACUAUUAUUAUUGAUGAACUAUUUCUUUUUCUUUUGAUUUAUAGGCUGGGUUAUGGUCUUAGAUUUGACUGUUUCAUGGUGUACUUGUAAAAAAUUAAAGAAUGACGGGUAAAAUACUAUGAUUUCAGGAAAACAAUUGAUGACUAAAUGUAGCGGGCAGCUAGUAGCCGCUUCAGUGCGCUGAGGUGUCCCCUCUUUCUUUUCAUUAAUGAAAUCGUUUUUCUAGCAUUGUUUGAUGGUCAUGCUUAUUAUCAAAUUCGUAUAAAAAGAAGUAAAAGGACUCACUUGAGCGUGUACAUUUCCCGUUUAUUCGAGGAUUUUGUUACAGAGUGGUGGCCAGUAUGGGGACAUUUUUUUUUAUGAGUAUGACUAAAGUGAUGUACAGCAUUUGAAUGUUUUUGUUGUUUGGGGUUUUGUUAAAAACAAUUAAUGUGUCAGUAAAAGGGAUACCUUUAUUGGCAUAAUGGAAGAAAUGUCCCAUCAUCAAACAGAAGCUGAGGAAUCUGAUGACAGAGUUUCAGGUCCCAUUUUAGAGACGGAAGAAACAGAUAAUGUCCCAAGAGGUGAUUCCUGGGUAACCCGGAGAAAUCCGGUGGGGGAAAUAACUUCUUUACUUAGCUCAUUGUAUGCAUCUGAUGAGGAGAAUAAUGAGGAGGAGGAAGAAGAGAUACCAGGUUUUACUCCUGCAGAUCUCUCUAGAUUUAAAGAUGAGUUGACAGCUGUGGUUGAGAAGGUUAGUACUUUAGAGGAAAAUUAUCAGGACUCGGUGGCCAGUGCCUUAAAUCGAGAACAAAAUAUAAGAACUUAUAUAGAUAGUAGUGUUGAGGCAUUAGAACAGCGUAUGAUUACAACCCUAAGAGAGUUUGAAGAAAAGUUGGUUCAGUGUUUACAACGACGUGAUGAUAGGUGGAAGGUAGAGGUAGAGAAAUUGAAGCGCGCCUAUCGAUCUACUACUACUCGACCCCUAAUCAGGGCUGAACGUGAUUUGGACAUUUCUGAUGUUCAAUGGACACCUAAAAUGGCACCUUCUACAGGGCAGGCACCAGUAGUGUAUACUUCAACUUGUCAGAGGCCACCCACAAUCCAUUCAACACAAUUGGCUUCAUGUAGGCUGAGUGAAAAUCAUCAAAGUGCAUGCUCUGGCGAUCAGGAUCGACCUGCACCUGGGCUUUCCGAAGAGCUGCCAGCCGUACCACCUACUAGUAGGGGAGUAUCUACCCUUCACUUGGCUGUACCUCUCUCUUCUAGUAGAACGGCUGUAGUUUAUGCCAAACCUCCCAUCCACUUGGACUUUCCCACAUUUGGUGAGGCACGAGACGUAGCAGAUGUGCUGAACUUUAUUGACCAGUGUGAAACAUUCCUGUCUGUGAGACCACUCUCUGACCCUGAAUUAAUUGGGGCUUUGACUGGUGUUUUAAAAGGACCCGCUCACAGUUGGUGGUGUGUAGCCAAGAAUCAAAUCCAGAACUGGAUGGAUUUUAAGGAAGCCUUCUAUGCUGCAUUUCUCCCCCCAGAUUACCUCUCAGAGGUGGAAGAAAAAUUGCGGGAGAUGGUGCAGUUGCCUGAGCAGUGCCUGAGAGACUUCGCCUUCGACUACCGAGCAUUGUGCUUGAGGUGGAAGCCUGAUAUCUCAGAGGUCGAACUGGUGAGAAGGAUCCUAAAUAACUGUAAUCCUAAACUGGCUGGUUGCCUCCGAGGGACUGUCACCACCAUGGAUCAGCUGGUUACAGUAGGAUCCCAAGUGGAAAGAGACUGUGCAGGGGCUAAGGCAUAUUGGGGAAAGGUUGAUCAUCAAAAGUCCAAAGGCAAAGCUCCAGCAAAACCUCCAUCUAAAGGGAACUUUAGAAGACCAGCAGAUGUAGUGUCUGUUGUUCAACGAGGCCCGAGGCUGGCGUCUUCACUUUUAUAUGUUCCUGUAGAGAUCAGAGAUAAGAAAUAUCAUGCUGUCCUGGAUACAGCCUGCACUUUUACACUAAUGAGGCAUAGCCAGUGGCAGGAAAUGGCCCGGACAGAAGAACAUUUAAAACAAGCCGACAACCAAAGGUUUGCCCUGGCAAAUGGGAGAACUUACAGCGCCAUGGGAAAAACAACUAUCCUCUAUUGUUGGCAUGGCAUGAUGUGGUCGUUAGACACGUUUGUGGUUGAAGAUGCUAACCUCACAUUUCCCAUUAUUCUAGGCCUGGAUUUCCUGACCAGAACAUCAACCAUCAUCAACUUAGGUGAUCAUACUUAUGGAGUCAAAGGGCCCAGAGGUUAUUCAUUUUACCCUUUCAUUGCUCCACCCCCGAGCAAUUCCGCUGGGCGUCCUAGCUCAUCUUCUCUAAGUCUGAUCAUGGCUCUGCCCAUUACGGACACGGAUGACUUCCCCGCAAAGAGAGGACCAGCAGCUUUUAAUCAAACCCCUGAAGUUACGCAUCUCCUGCAAGCCUGGCCAACAGUGUGCACCGAUACUUUGGGUAAGACAUCCCUGGAAGUGCAUCACAUUUACACGACAGAUGAGAUACCAGUUCGAUCUAGAGCCUACAGGGUGUCACCCUUUAAACGGCAGAUAAUCAAAGAGCAUAUUGAGAAAAUGCUUCAAGAUGGCAUCAUCGAGCCCUCUCAAUCCUCUUGGGCAUCUCCUGUGGUCCUCGUCCCAAAACCAGACAAGUCAUUUAGGUUUUGUGUGGAUUACAGGGCCUUAAAUGCCAAAACUCGCCAAGAUGCUUAUCCCAUGCCUCUGAUUCAUGAAUUGCUAGAGUCCAUGAAUGGAGCUUCAGUUUUCAGCACUUUGGACUUGAAAUCGGGGUACUGGCAAAUGGCAGUGGCUGAAGAAAGUAAAGCCAAGACAGCUGUAAUAACACCUUUUGGGCUGUAUCAGUUUAAAUGUAUGCCUUUUGGACUGAAAAAUGCGGGUGCCUCAUUUCAGAGACUCAUGGAGCGAGUGCUUGGAGAGUUGAGAGGAAAAAUUUGUUUUGUUUACAUUGAUGAUGUGAUCAUUUUCUCUCCCUCACCGGAACAACAUAUGAAAGAUCUGGAGGCAGUUUUUUCCAAAUUACACCAGGCAAAUUUGACCCUCAAUCUGGGGAAAUGUAAUUUUUUCCAAUCAGAACUCAAAUUUUUGGGUCACAUAGUGUCUGGGCAGGGGGUUCAAGUAGAUGCAAGUAAAUGCUUGGCCAUCACAAAUUACCCCGGACCGACAGACAAGAGAUCGCUUCAGCGAUUCUUGGGGCUAGUGGGCUGGUACCACAAAUUUAUUGCCCAUUUUGCUGACAUAGCUGCACCUUUAUACCAUCUUCUUAAAAAAGACAGCAAGUGGGACUGGUGUCCAGACUGCCAGCAGGCCUUUGAAAAGUUAAAACAGGCCCUGGUGGAGGCCCCUAUACUUAUGCAACCUGACUUCCAAAGGCCGUUUGAGAUACACACAGAUGCCAGUGAUGUAGGCCUCGGCGCAGUACUUGUGCAAAUGACACCUGAGGGCGAGAGGGUCAUUGCCUAUGCGUCUAGAGCUCUGAGGGGUGCAGAGUGUAAUUAUUCAACCUCAGAGAAAGAGUGCUUGGCUGUAGUGUGGGCAGUUGAGAAGUGGCGACAUUUCAUAGAUGGAUCUGAGUUCACACUAUUUACUGACCAUGCAGCAUUGACUUGGGCCUUUAAUUGUCCAAAGGCAUCCUCUUGGUUGACCCGGUGGGUGCUUCGGCUGCAAGAAUACCAUUUCAGUGUUCGAUACAGAAAAGGGUUACAUAAUCUAGUACCCGACGCACUGUCAAGAGCAGUGCAGAAAACUGACCUGAUGUACGUUGCAGCAGUCACGUCCAAACCUGAGUCAGAGCUACCUUCAUCAUUGGCCGAAAUCAAACUGGCACAAGAGCAGGACUCUGCUCUUCUUGACAUGGUCCAGAAGUCAGCUGAUAAAGACCCCAACAGAAUAGGGUUCUGUCAAGUACAGGAUGUCUGGUACAGGAAAUCCUUUAUCAAGAACCAAGGCGAAAAGUUUCAGCUGGUCGUGCCUAAGUCUAUGAUAAUCCAGUUUCUCAGUUACUUCCAUGAUCAUCCUCUAAGUGGGCACCUAGGGAAGUUAAAAACCCUGAUAAGGAUACUGGAAGUCGCCUGGUGGCCCUCGGUCAGAAAAGAUGUGUGGGCCUACGUUAAAGCCUGUGUCACCUGCCAAAAAUAUAAACCUGACAACAAAAAGCCUGCAGGGCUUAUGCAGCCUACUGCAGUAACCGAAGCAUGGGAGAAGAUCGGUGUUGACCUAAUGGGUCCUCUACCGCGCAGUAAGAAUGGAAAUAAAUACCUGCUGGUAAUCAUUGACUAUUUUACCAAGUGGAUAGAGGUGUUUCCUCUCAAAGACAGCAAAGCUCAGAAAAUUACCAGCAUCUUGAAGAAUGAAAUAUUUACCCGUUUUGGUGUCCCUCAAGAGCUAGUAUCAGAUCGUGGCCCUCAGUUUACAAGCCAUGAGAUGGAAAAGUUCUGUCGCACAUGGGGGGUGAUUCAAAAGUUUACUACAAGUUAUCAUCCCCAAGCCAAUCUAACUGAAAGGUCAAACCGAACAAUAAAGACCAUGAUAGCCUCUUUUGUGGGAGAACACCAUUCCAACUGGGACCAAUGGAUCCAAGAGUUUAGAUUUGCCAUCAAUGCUGCUCAGCAUGAGACAACUGGAAGGUCUCCUGCAGAGCUCACUCUGGGUCGGCCUCUCAAAGGUCCUCUGGAGAGAAUCAUUGGCCACUCUCCUAGCCCUCAACAGACGCCCUAUAAACUUUUGGACAGACAUAAAGAAAUGACUGAACAGGUUAAGCGGAAGAUAGGGUUGAGCCAGGCCAGACAAGCUAAGUAUUAUAAUGCCCGAACGGAGGAGAAAGGGGUGGGGCAACACGCUGGAAGAGACGCCGAGCGACGGUCCGAGGAGCUGGCAAGAUUAGCCCGGAGAGAACUGACUGCUGGACUAAAAGCGUGGCCAGAGCAAUUCAGAAAGGGGUCAAAAGUCUUCUGGAGGCAAGGUAGAGCCACACGGAGCGUUGACCGGACCCGAGGCGCUCGCGAUCCAGGCCUGACGAAGGGAACCGCCCGGGUACACAAACGCCGACCCGAAUAA